AUGGAAAUCAAUUUGGGGAAACUUGCAUUUGACAUUGAUUUUCAUCCAUCAGAUAAUCUCGUUGCAACCGGACUCAUAGACGGCGACCUUCACUUAUACCGUUAUAGCCCGGAUAAUACUAAUAGUGAUCCUGUGAGGGUGUUGGAAAUUCAUGCCCACACCGAGUCUUGCAGAGCUGCGCGAUUCAUCAGUGGUGGACGAGCGCUGUUGACGGGCUCUCCCGAUUUCUCGAUACUGGCUACAGAUGUGGAAACUGGAUCAACCAUUGCCCGACUUGAUAAUGCCCAUGAGGCUGCGAUCAACAGGUUGAUAAACUUGACCGAGUCAACUGUUGCUUCAGGAGAUGAUGAUGGUUGUAUUAAGGUUUGGGAUACCAGAGAACGUUCUUGUUGCAAUUCAUUUGAAGUCCACGAGGAUUACAUUUCAGACAUAACAUUUGCAUCUGAUGCAAUGAAACUAUUGGCCACAAGUGGAGACGGGACUCUUUCUGUUUGCAGUCUUCGACGAAAUAAAGUCUAUGCUCAAUCAUCAGAACCAUCUGCAGCAUCUACGUCAUUGUCAACAUCACCCGCAAAUAUAUUUACUUUUAGCAACAGUUCAAGUCAAAACAAUGGAUCUGCACUGCAAGCUGUUAAAACCCGCAUAUGUAAUAAGUUUAAUUCUGCGGGGGGCUGCAAAUUUGGUGACAAGUGCCAUUUUGCCCAUGGUGAGUGGGAACUUGGCAAACCUUUUGUUCCAUCAAUUGAUGAUCACCGACAAUUGGCACCUACAACAGUUAAUCGUAUGGCUGGUCGAACUGAGGCUCCCUCUGGUUUGGGCACUACUAGCUUUGGUGCCAAUUCCACUGCCAAGAUCAGUGUAGAGGCUUCCUUGGCUGGAGCCAUCAUUGGAAAGGGUGGUGUGAACUCGAAGCAGAUCUGUCGCCAAACAGGAGUCAAAUUUUCAAUUCGUGACCGUGAAUCUGACCCAAAUCUUAUAAACAUUGAACUUGAGGGAACAUUUGAUCAAAUUGCACAGGCAAGUAACAUGGUAAAAGAUUUACUUUUGACUCUAUCAGUCUCUACCCCAACCUCCCAGCCGUAUCACAACCAUUACCAACAAGCAGACAACAACCUGCCGCAAACCGUACCGCCAGACAACCACACUACUGCACCCAGCACACCAGACAAAUUCUGCUACAAAAAUCCCACGCCAGACAAGGAACUUUUUUGA